AUGGCCACCAAAACUCAAGUCCUGAGACACGCUUUAAGAGCAAAGAUACUCUUUUCACGCUUGAAUCUCCAGAUAACCAUAUUUUUCUUCCUGGGCUUCCGCAUCGAUGAGGUAGCGAUGCAGCACACCAUCGACGCAGCCAGGAACUACUGUAACCUUCAGCUUGAAAAGAGUGGUGACGUGCCACUUCCCCAAACAGAAGACCCUUUCCACGAUGAUCUGGGCUAUGGCGCGGCAAUACAUGUCGUAUCUACCAAGCCGCGCCAUCGCAUUACUUGGAAAAUCUUGAAGGGGAUCAUCCAAGGACUUUGGAAUUUCUUGGUCGAGGAGGGCCGGUACAUGGAGGCUGAAUUCCAUAUCGGGUAUGCGAACGUGGGUUCUGUGGGCAAAGGCACGAUAACGGAGGCGGCGAAAGCUCCCAGUGUGGAACAAUAG